UACUUGUCAAAAAACAAACAUUACAUCACCUAACUUCACGCUGUGGAAACAUGUUUUAACUCUAUAGUUAUAGUUCAUUUUAUUUUAUCUGUAGUUUUUAAUAGUUUAGUCUAGCUUUUAAUGGUCUAAGGUUUAAACGUAUUUUUUUAAUAUUAUGUCUGAAAGCGUCAAUGGGUCAAAUGCAAGGUGGGCAGGGCGUGCUAUGCAAAUGGUACCAGGCUUAAAGCCUCGCCCACAGCAUCAUUGUGUUGGAGAAAAAAAUGGAGUGAAAAACAUAUCUUCUGAUGAUAGUUCUUUAUUUGUAUUUAUUAACAAUUGCCAAGAUUUUGAAUAUAAUAUAAAUGGUAAAGUAGGAAAAGUUACUGCUGAGAAUUGCCGAAACUUAACCUUGAAUAUCUCGCAUAAUGUUGUUGGUGGAACACUUGAAAUUAUCAGAUGCGAAAAUCUAUCAUUGAACUAUGGCGUUAAUGCUGAGAUACCUGUACUUCAAAUCGAAUGCAGCACAAAUAUUAGCAUUUACAUUUGGCUUAAAUCUCAACUUCAAAGUGUGUAUUUAAUGCAAACCAGGCUUGUAAACUUAUACCUUCAAAAUCAAGUAGUUGAUGACCAAAAUGGUCUAACUUUACAAUAUUCCAUAGAAACUCCUGAUGAUGAGUUACACAUUCAAAAGGUCUCUCACUGGAGUUCAGCUCUACCAGAUGCUAAUUUUAUUACAGAAUGUGUUGUUCGUGAUGGUGUCUUCCCAACAACUUCUGAAAUGAAAAAAGCUGCUGAAGGAAGACGAGAGCUUAUGAAGCACAAAAUGUCUGAAAUGUUGUUGAAUGGUAUUAAGAUUACGAAACCAAACCAAGGUGAUUUUUCUGGUUUAUCUUCCAAAGAUAAAAACUUUGAUUUACCAGACUAGCAAGUAAAAUUGAAAUAAAAUGAGGAAUAAAUUUUUAAUUCAACCUUAAUUGUUUCAUUUUUGCUUGCUGACUAGUUUAUCCACAGAACAAUUCUAUAACAAUCAGAGAACAGAAUAGUUGUUUUAUAAAUUAUUUAUUGAAAUUGGUUUAAAUGUAAAAAAACAAGCUGUGGUGAACUAGAUGAUAGCAAAUCAGGGGUGUUGACAUGUUUCAGAGUAUUAUGAUCAUAUUGAUCCUAAAGAAGGUCUCUCAGUUAGAUAAUUUAUAUUUUGCAUAUUAAUGGUUUGUUAAGUUUUUUUUGUUGUAAAUUAAACAGAAUAUAUGUAGAAUUAUACAUAAAAUCUGUCUGGAUGUCUGC